AUGUCGGCAACUGCGCAAGCGAGCGGAGGCGGAGGCGAGGCCACCUUCAGAGACAAGGAGAAGCCCGUCGCCGUACGAUCUUCCAACAUUGUCGCAGCUAGAGCCGUCGCUGAUGCCAUCCGAACCUCGCUUGGCCCUCGUGGCAUGGACAAGAUGAUUCGAAGCGGAAAGGGAGAGACCAUAAUCACGAACGAUGGAAAUACGAUGUUGAAGAGCAUGUCGGUCAUGCACCCUACGGCCAAGAUGCUGGUCAACCUCUCCACAGCCCAGGAUGUUGAAGCUGGUGACGGUACGACAUCAGUCGUCGUCAUCUGCGGAAGCUUGCUCGGUGCUGCGGACAGGCUACUCAACAAGGGUAUCCACCCUUCAGUUAUUUCGGAGGCCUUCCAAAGAGCGGCCGCCGCCUCGGUCGAGAUCCUUCACGAAAUGUCCCAGCCGAUCCAACUCACCGAUACCUCCGCCCUUCUCCAAGCCGCCAACACCUCCCUCUCGUCCAAGAUCGUCUCCCAAUACUCCAACCUUCUCGGCCCCAUGGCGGUGAACUCGGUCGUCAAGACGAUAGAUCUCAAGACGGCGGAUAACGUGGAUCUGAAGAACAUUCGAAUAGUCAAGAAGGUCGGCGGAACCAUCGAGGACAGCGAGCUUGUUGAUGGCCUAGUAUUAGAGCAGCCCGUACUGAAGGGUGCAGGCGGUCCUGUGAGGAUGGAGAAGGCGAGGAUUGGUCUCAUCCAGUUCCAGCUUAGUCCUCCCAAGCCUGAUAUGGAAAACACAAUUGCCGUCAACGACUAUAGGCAAAUGGACAAGAUCGUCAAGGAGGAACGACAAUACCUCCUCAACCUAGUCAAGAAGAUUAAGAAGGCGAAGUGCAAUGUUUUGCUCAUCCAGAAGUCGAUUCUUCGAGACGCUAUCAACGAUCUCUCGCUUCACUUCCUGGCCAAGCUCAACAUUCUUGCGGUAAAGGACAUCGAGAGGGAUGAGGUGGAAUUCAUCUGCAAGUCCACGGGCUGCAAGCCCAUCGCCGAUAUCGACUCCUUCACCGAAGACAAGCUAGGAAGCGCCGACCUCGUCGAGGAGGUCCAAUCAUCCGGCUCGCGCAUGGUCAAGGUUACGGGCACCAAGUCGGCGGGCAAGACAGUGUCCGUGGUGGUGCGGGGCGCUAACUCCCUCAUCCUCGACGAGGCCGAGCGCAGUCUCCACGAUGCCCUUUGUGUCGUGAGGUGUCUGGUCAAGAAGAAGGCUCUCAUUGCCGGAGGCGGUGCGCCGGAAAUCGAGAUCGCGGCGCAGCUCUCCAAGCAGGCCAGGACGCUCACCGGCGCCGAGGCGAUCUGCUGGAAGGCGUUCGCCGAGGCGCUGGAAGUUAUCCCGACGACCCUAGCCGAGAACGCCGGUCUUAACAGCAUCAAGGUCGUCACGGAGCUACGACACAGGCACGAGAUGGGCGAGAAGAACGCGGGCGUGAGUAUCAAGUCGGGCGGCGUCAACUCUAAUAUUGCCAAGGAGAAUGUGCUUCAGCCGUUGUUGGUUAGCACGAGCGCUAUUGAGCUGGCGGCGGAGACUGUCAAGAUGAUUUUGCGUAUUGAUGAUAUAGCACUCAGUAGGUGA